UUUAAGACCUUUAAAAAUGGUCGCACCUGCUCCUGUUUAAUUACCCAUCCUUUUAACGGACACAAUUGAACUUAUAGGACUGAUAAUCAACCGUGUAAACGUAUACAAACAGCAUUCUUUUAUUAUGUAGAUUCCAAAAAAUAUAAACCAACGUUUGUUGUAAAAACCUAGAAAUUCUUUCGAAGCUGUUAUUGUCCGCUCUGACUUCAGUUCCGUCACAUCUUCCCCGUUGACUCUCUAUAUUAAUAUAAUAAUGGAAUAAUAGAAUUGUUACAACAGAAACAUCACCAGAAUAUAUUCAUCAUCUUUUAAAGACUAACGGAAGGAAUUUUUAUACAGAAUUGAUAUAACCUCGUUUAAUAUGAAGCUGAGGUGAAAUAUUUCCUCUUGGGUGAGAUUAUAAACAACACUUCUCUGUGUUUGCUCUCUGGAACCUGUAAGAGAUAAUCUUGCAUUCUAAAUAAACUUGGAUUCAAUUUACAAAGGAGAUUGCAACAUUUCCAAAUUACAGCAGAGAUUACAGUUGAUGGAAACGUAGCUGAAGGAAUAUUUGUCAGGAAUGAUUUAUAACAACUAAACUAGAAGAUAUAUAUUUUGGUGAAAGAAGAAAAAUUAUUGAAGUUUUCAUGAUGCAGAGAAGAUAAAUGAUUGAUUUUUUUUUCCCCUGAAGAGUUGUCAAAUAAGUGAUGGAAAUUAUGUGACUGCAAUAUCUGUAAAAAUAUCAGUCUCUCAGAGAAAGCAUAUUCAUACAGAGGAACACCUUUAUCACUGUGAUAUCUGUAGAAGCUUAAAGACCCGGAAACCUAUUCAUACAGGAAAGAAAUAUCCAUCAGUGUGAUACGUGUGGGCAAUCAUUCUUGCAAAUCCAUCGUUUAACUGUUUACAAAUGUAUUAUACAGGAAAGAAAUCAUAUCAGUGUGAUAUCUGUGGCAAAUCAUUCUCUCAAACAUCUAGUUUGACUAAUCACAAACGUAUUCAUACAGGUGAGAAACCAUAUCAGUGUGAUAUCUGUGGUGAGUCAUUCACUCAAAGCCAUCAUUUAACUACCCACAAAUAUGUUCAUACUGGAGAAAAGCCAUAUCACUGUGAUAUUUGUGGUAAAUCAUUCUCCGUUGGCAGUACUUUAACUAAACACAAACGUAUUCAUACAGGGGAGAAACCAUAUCAUUGUGGUACCUGUGGCCAAUCGUUCUCUCAAAAUCAUAACUUAAUGACUCACAAACGUAUUCAUACAGGUGAGAAACCAUAUCAGUGUGAUAUCUGUGGUAAAUCAUUCUCUCACACUAGUGAUGUAACUAAACAUAAACGUAUUCACACAGGAGAGAAACCAUAUCAGUGUGAUAUCUGCGGAGAAUCAUUCACUCAGAAUCAAAAUCUAACGAGUCACAAUCGUAUUCAUACAGGGGAGAAACCAUAUCACUGUGAAAUCUGUGGCAGAUCAUUUUCUCAGAAUCAUCAUUUAUCUAAUCACAAUCGUAUUCAUACAGGAGACAAACCAUUUCACUGUGAAAUCUGUGGCAGAUCAUUCGCUCAGAAUCAUCACUUAUCUAAACACAAAUGCGUUCUUAUGGAGGAAAAAGAAAGUCAAUAGUUUCUUCCUUGCUUCACUAAUUGUGCACAUGAAAAAAUAUUUCUGAAAGCCAUGGGUGCUGUAGUGUUGUUUUGUCCUUUAUUUUAUAAACAUGUCCAUGGCUAGUUGGGGUAUGGACUUAAAAAAAGUGACCAAAGUUGCCAGUCAGCAAUCCAUUACUGCCUUUCAUCCAGGUCAAAUUAAGGGAAAGAUCUGUAGUGUAUAGGAUCUAUUCUUCUAUCUCAAGGUACAUCUUCAUGUUGUACCACAGUAACAUGUUCAAGUUGGCAUCUGUUUCAUUAAUGUAGGCAACAAGGGACCAAGAACAGAUCCCUGUUGCAGAUUUAAUGUCAUUGCAUGAGGUGCAGAAUGUUGUCCUUGUACCAUGACCCCUUCUUUUCAACCAAGUCCCUCAAAAAUCAUUAUUUAACUUGUCACAAAUGUAUACACACAGAAGAGGAACCUUUUAUUAUAAAUGAAGUGUGUAAUAUUCUGUGUGAAUUGCCACAAUUGUUUGUCAUCACCUUUGUAAGGGCCAAAAUCUUAAAUGGUAACCUCAUCAACCUUUGGAAAUAUUUAUAAUGUGAAAUCUAAAUAAAGCUGUUUUACUCUUUAAGUAUUCUUCUGUCAUUUUG